AUGGGUGGUAUAGAGUACAAGAGUUUAGACAUCAAUUCGAUCAGGCAUUUUAAUGAAUUGAAGAAGUUGAUUGAUAUUGAUUUAUCAGAACCAUAUUCGAUCUAUGUUUAUCGAUAUUUUCUGAAUCAAUGGCCUGAAUUAUGUUUUCUUGCGUUUGAUAGUGGGAGUAGUGAUGAUGAUGUACCUAUUGGUUGUAUUAUUUGUAAGAGUGAAAUGCAUCGUAAUAGUCGAAUGCGAGGAUAUAUUGGUAUGCUUGCCGUGGAAAAAAGUUAUCGUGGACGAGGUAUUGCUAAGAAAUUAGUGGAGAUUGCGAUCAAUAAGAUGAUUGAUGAUGGCUGUGAUGAGAUUAUGUUAGAAGCGGAGGUGGAGAACAAAGUUGCGUUACAAUUAUAUGAAGGUAUGGGAUUUAUUCGAAUGAAACGUAUGUUUAGAUAUUAUUUAAACGAGGGUGAUGCAUUCAAGUUAAUAUUACCCCUAAAGGAUAAAAGCUGUAUAAGAUCUACAUUCUUAAUGAACGGUUGA